AUUUGGUUAUGUUGUGUAGUGUAUCGUAACCUCAAAACGGUGUUAAUUCUGAGUAAUUGUAAAUUAAAGAAAGAUUAACGAUGUCUUCGUUAAUUUCUGCGGAAUUAGCAGCAACUUGUAGUGCUUUGGGUUAUUUCGAUCAAAAAACCAAUAAAUAUUAUGCUGAUGGAAAUACAUUGGAAACAACCAAAGAUUUAAUACGUUAUUUACGAAGAGAUGAUGAUUCCUUCGAUAUAAGAAGACAAUUAGGUGAAACGAAAGUACUUCAAACCGAUUUAUUACCGUUAAUAAAGUUUCAUGCGGAAGAAAUCGAAUUAUUUGAUGUUAUUCUUAGAUUAUUAGUUAAUUUAACAACACCGGCUUUAAUGUUAUGGCAAGAAGAGGUUCCCAUUGAACUUACACAAAGAAAUCAUUACCUUCAAAUUGAGGAUCAUUUGCAUAAUUAUAAACAAUCAUUCGCCGAUAUUGAAGUAUGGGCCGUUUUAAGUAAAAGGAUGAGUAAAAUACUUGAAGUGGAUUUCUCAGAACGCGGCGAUGAAAACAGUUUAAUAAUCGAGCGAAUUUUGAUUCUCGUAAGAAACGUUUUGUACGUUCCUUCAAAUCCAGACGCGGAGAGAAGACCGGAUAACGAUGCGAGUAUUCACGACCAGGUGUUAUGGGCAUUGCACCAGUCCGCUAUGCUAGAUAUAAUUCUGUACAUAAGCAGUUCAAUUACUGAGCAGGCAUACUACAUGCACAUCCUAGAAAUUCUGUCGUUCAUGCUCCGGGAACAGUCUGCGUCGGAAUUGGCCAGCGCUGCUCUCCAACGAAGUCAGACCGAGAAAUUACGUGACCAGGCCGAGUUAGUUGCAAUCAGGCAAAGGGAAAACGUACAAAAACAACAAAAAUCGAGAGUUCUUACCGGUACUAGACAUUCUCGUUUUGGUGGAACUUACGUCGUCGAAUCAAUGAAAAGCAUAAGCGAUAACUCAUUAAUUUAUCAUAAACCUCUAAGUCGAUUGGAUGAUUUAAAUUUCGAUGCGGAUAAACAAAAAGCGAAAACUCCAAGAAAUCGAGUACCACUUCAAAGUGUUUCAACGGAAAGGCGAUCAGCGUUUAGUAUAAGAUUGUUUUUAAAAGAGUUUUGCGUUGAAUUCUUAAACGCUUCUUAUAACACGUUAAUGCACGAAGCAAAAAGGGCUUUGCUACGUCAAAAAGCUCAAAAACACGACGAAAGUUUUUAUCUUUGGGCGAUGCGAUUCUUUAUGGAGUUCAAUAGACAUUAUAAAAAGUUUCAAAUGAAAUUGGUCAGCGAGACCAUGUCCGUACAAAGUUUUCAUUUUGUUCAGCAACAAUCCGAAACUUAUUUCGAUAUGAUUCAAACAGAUAAGAAAAAAAUUAAAUUGUGGUCGAGAAGAUUACAUUUAUCGUUGUUGGCGUACAGGGAAUUACUUAUGACUCUUUGUUUUAUGGAUAAAUCCGAAGAUGAAGGCGUGAGGCGAUCGUCACAAGUAAUUAAAAGCAAUAUUUUUUAUGUUUUGGAAUAUCGAGAACUUAUUUUAACCCUUCUUUUAACCUAUGAUGAGUUAAAAAUGUCUGAUGCUUAUUUAAACGAUCUCAUGGAAACCCAACACGUCUUUUUUAAAAUGCUUCAGAAUUAUUGCACCAGCGGUGAUUUAGUUGUUCAAACUAAAGGAAAAAAUAAAAGAAAGGGGAAUAAAAAAUCCAAAUCAAAAUCGGCUAUGUCAGAGGGGAAUCUUCCGGUUAAACCAGACUUGAACGCAUUAUGGGAUGAAGCUUCGCCGCAGCUUUCCGUGGUCCUGGAGGGUGGUCUAGGUAUCCCCAAGGACAUCGUUCCUUUUGACGCCGCCUCCGACGCGCCUAUUGACGAGCAAAAAUCGGAAACAAUCAAGAAUAUACAGAGGAAAUUGAAGGAUGGGGAAUUUGAGGAAGCCGUCGGGUUAUUGAGAGCUGCAAGAGAGGUGUGGCCUGAAAACGAUAGCUUCGGGAGUAAUAAUAUGGCACCGGAGGAGGAGUUUUUGGCCCUUAAGGAUGUCUUCUUCGCAGAUCUCGGUGUUGCUGAAACCGAACAAACUGAAACGACCGCUCAUCCAGAAGACGAUGAAAACGACGAAGACGACGAAGAAGAAGAGGUCGAACGAAGUAUGCAAAUAUCCGAAGGCGAUUUUAAGUUUGAGGACUUCGCCAAGAGAUUGGCGCAUCCGAAGAUUUUAAGAGCUUGUGGUUUGGCUUUAAAAAAAUUUGAGAAAAAUUCAACUCUAACCAAUCAUUGCGUUAUUAAAUUAAUGCAUCGAAUCGCUUGGGAUUGUAAAAUGCCCGGCAUGGUUUUCCAAGCUUCCAUAUUUAGAACAUUUCAAAAAAUUUAUAACUUAAAAGACGUAAAAGCGUACAAAGAAUUAGCCAAGUUUGCCGAUUAUAUAAUUCGAGAGUUUAUCAAAGUCGCCAAAAUAAAUAGUAAAGUUUAUAUUGAAGCGUUAUUUUGGAAAAACAGCAAAGAUGCUUAUGAUAUAGAAAAUGGUUAUGGAGCAACUAAAGAACACUCUCAAGCAUCAGCCAAAGCUUGGUCUGAACUGGAAGAAGAGGAAUUACGGCGGUUAUUCAUAGAACAUCGAGAGAAAGAAAUUGAUGAGGACCCGGUUGAUUGGAUCGUGGGCAAUUUGAUCGAUAAUACCCGAACAAGAAGGGGCGUCUUGAAGAAGUUAAAGGAAAUGUACCUAUUGACUGACUAUAAGGGGCCUCGCAAGUCGGGAAUUAGCGCGGGUAAAGCGCGUAUUCCCAAACAAUGGUCAGAAGAGGAAGAGAUCCAACUUAGAGAACUUUUCCAAGAAUUUAAGGAUACCAAUGACCCCGUGGAUUCUAUUGUGGAAGGAUUGGAUGUUAAAAGAUCGAAACCUAAGGUUAUUGAGAAGAUUUUGGAAUUGGGGUUGGUUCAAGAUAGAAAAGAAUUGAGGAAAAAACGGAAAGGGAAGAAAUCGGGAUUUAAAAGUGGGAAAGGUCUCUCCGAAACGGAAAUCUCGGAUGGCGAUGAAGAAAGAGACGUCGAUAGUGAUUCAGAUCGCGUAGACGCCGUUGUCAAAAGGUCCGUUAAGAAACCCCUAAAGACGAAACGGAGAGCGAAAACUUCUAACCAACCUUCAGCACCUCCAGUUUCGUACAACCACGUACUGAAACUCGUCGCGGACGUUGAAAGCUCAGGAAUGUCGGAUGCUGUCCAAUGGUUACGUGAAAGUUUUGAGGAUGUCGCUGAAGACGUCGAAGAUGAUAAUUUAGAUGAUGACGAUAUAGGUAUCCCUAUAGUCCCUAUUUUAGAUUGCGCAAUUUCCGCGAUGGAAAAUCUAAAAUUUUUGGAGUUAUUAAAAGGAUUUGGAGUUAAAGAACCAUUUGAUGAACAAGAACAAUUUUGGCGAAUUCCAAGCCAAUUAAAUGAAAACAUUCGAAAGUUUUUAAAUAACGAGGAAAUAAAUGAAUCAACUAACAUAAAGAAUAAAAGUAAUGAUGAUGAUGAUAAUGAAAUAAUUGUUGUAAAUAAAAAGGAAGAUAUUCAUGAAAAAAUAAGACAAAUAUUCGAUAGUGAUAACAGCGAUGUUGAAAAUAAUGAUGAAAUUAAUAAGGAAAUAACCCAUAAGAGGCCAAGAAUUUUUUCAUCCGACUCUGACUCUGAUAUUCCGAAAAAGAAAAAGACUCGAGUUUUGGAGAGCGACGAGGAUAGUGAAUAAAAAGCGCCAUUAUUCUUACAAAGCUCGCGAACGCUAUUAACUCUAACUCCUAUGGCAAAACGUCGAGUCAUAAAACAUCUUAUAUGGUCCUAUUUAUAAUGCGUUAGUUUUGGUGUGAGACAUUUUGUUGCCUAAUUUAAAGUAAGAUUUUUUUUAUUUAUAUUGUUACUAUUUUCUUACGUUGUUGAAAUAAGCCAAUAGAUUUUGUGUUAAGA